GCCGCGGCUGAGUUCUCCUCCAUCCACGUCAUCCAGACAGCAGGUGUCGCAGCCCGGAUUGGGGCCGCGCAAGUGAAGAACUCGGCCGCGAAGAUCGGGAAACCCUGCGUCGUGCAUGACUGGCCGGCAAUUCCGACUGACGAUGCCAAAGCUGAAUAUGACGCGCUCUACAACGUGGGCAGCGACCUGAUUCUUCAGGGCGCCAACCGGGCGACUCUUCUGGUUUUCGUCGGCACGGGGGAGCCUGGUGAGAUGGCGCUGGCGGUCAUCUUGGCCAUGUUGCCCUUCCGUGGCAUCCAGCUCGCGUACGUCACGCCCGCAGAGGACUAUGAGAACCCCCUGCAGACCCUCCGGUCUCCCUCGGGAGUUUUCGAGUACACCGCGACACAGCCGGAAAGAAUGGGCAGGGUGUCCCUCGCGGCCAUCUUCGGUCCACUGGCCCCGCGAACCUUCAAGGAGCCCCUGUCGACGUGGGCGCCUCUCCGCCCAGAGAGGCAUCCCGAAGAACAGCCGGCGCCCUUCAAGAUCGGCGGAUUGGAUCUCCCAAUGGUCACCUUCGAGGGCGACUAUUACAAGGGUGUCGAUCGCCUGGCCGCUCUCCUCGUUGGUCACUACGGCAGCGAGAUCUACCCGGUGGUUUCCGUCGGUGAGACCGGUGAUGCUCUUGGUUAUGGCGACGACUUGCUCGGCGCUCUCGCUGAGCUGGACUGCCCCGGCUUCUACUUCCCGCACGCGUCGGGAGAGACCUGCAAGAGCCCGGAGGCCUACGGCAAGGUAGAGCUGCUGAAGGCCAUCGGCGCAGCGAAGCAGAGCAACAAGAAAGUCGUGGUGAUUGCCGUGGGAGGUGGCGUGAAUGGCAACGCAACUGGCAUGAUUGCUGCCAUGACCGGAUCGGUCUUCGUCGAGGUUCCCACGACGCUGAUGCACUACAACGAUGCCACGACCUCCGCGAAGAAGGCAUUUAGCCGCUCAGUAGCGAAGUCACCCGAAGUUCUCCGGUAA